AUGCCUCAGAAGAUUAAGAUUAUUCAGAAAAAGUCUACUGAGAAGCAUUUAAGUCCCCUGCAAAUACAAAAAUAUGUGUGGUUGGCAGGUCAUGCUAUGACACUAGCGUUGGGACUACUGUUUUCGGUCACUUACCUUUUACAAUGUCUAAUUUUCUUCAAGUAUCGUUCUUGGAAAUGGCUGUUCCUAAGAAUGAAUAGGUCUUAUAGUUUUUUCAGUGGUCAUAGAUGGUACCAUGCCAUAUUGAGAUGGACACCCGCUUUGUUAUACCGAUUGGCACUCAUCGGUACUUUCAUGUCACUUGGGGUCACCAGUUAUCAGAACUCUCGUGGUCUACAUCCUCAAUGGUUUGAAAUGUUAAGUGCAGAGAAUUUCCAAUAUUUGUUGAUCUCUGUGUUUUGGUUCUUCACAGGAGCAUCUGUCUUUAAAAUAGCACCUUUGAUGCUCUUAAGUUACAUGCAUUUGACAAAUUGGAAGCAAGAAAUUGAUGGAAUGAAGGAUGAGGAUGAGGUUACCAAGAAGUAUGCACCUGUGUUGAAUAUUCUUGCAAUUUCCGAAAUGCUGGUAGCUGUGUCAUUAGCCCUGGAUGCCAUACUACUCAAAAGUAGUUCUUCCGGAGUUGUUCUGGUAGUGUACCUCGGAAUCUACUGGUUAAGAAUCAAUUUCUCACCAUACGUUCAAAUCACAAUGUUAAGACUCUUAUCCAAAUUGGAUAAGAAAGUACCACCAAAAUACCACGAUCAGUGGGAAAUUAUUAAGAAAUUCAUCUACAGCAAGAUUCAAGAUCACGAAAAGAGAAAAACCGCGAUCAAGAAGACUGCUUAA